AUGGUCGACAUCACCGUCGAUGGCCAGUCGAACCCGGCUGUCAUCCGGUUUGGACUCCCUCCUUCUUCUCUUCUACAAUUCCCUCCCAGUGAGCUUCCUGCUACGCUGCCUGCGCCUAUCACCUCCGAACCGACCUGGUAUCAGCCCUUCAACAUCCCUCCCGAACUAUACAACCAGCUCCUGGACGUGCGCGUCCCCAUCACCAUCGCCAGCGUCUACGCCGUCACUGUCAUCUUGUUGAACCGGGUUAACAAGAGUCGCGGUUACAAACCCUGGGGAUUCAGUCAAACGAGGCUCUUCAAGCUCUUCGUGAUCCUCCACAAUGUCUUCUUGGCUAUCUAUUCCGCGUGGACCUUUGCCGGCAUGAUCCGCGCCUUCCGCAACUCGUGGCCCAGUCACGAUGAUCCCAACUACGUCGCAGCCGUCGCAGAUACUCUGUGCAAGGUCAAUGGCCCGCGCGGUUAUGGUAAUGCCGCUGUCUACGAUCCUUCUGUCGAGCAGUGGACCAUUAGGAACCCGGAAUACAAGCUGGCUGAGACGGGCGUGCCUGACUUCACGGAUGUUGGUCGCCUGUGGAACGAGGGACUGGCCUUCCUUGGAUGGAUCUUCUAUCUGUCCAAGUUCUACGAAGUUUUGGACACCGUGAUUAUCCUCGCCAAGGGUAAGAAGAGCUCCACGCUGCAGACAUACCACCAUGCCGGUGCCAUGAUGUGCAUGUGGGCUGGUAUUCGCUAUGUUGCGCCUCCCAUCUGGAUCUUCACCUUGGUUAACUCCGGCAUUCACGCUCUGAUGUACACUUACUAUACCAUCACCGCUCUGCGUAUCCGUGUUCCUACCGUGAUCAAGAGGUCCUUGACCACUAUGCAGAUUACUCAGUUCGUCAUUGGUUCUGCCAUGGCUGCUUCCUAUCUCUUCAUCAGUUACACCCUUCCAGCCAGCCAGGCUGCUUUCGAAGCUCCCAUUUCGACUGCCCAGUUUGUGGCUGCCGAAGCUGCGGAGGAGGGAUUGGUGCCCUGGAUCAAGAAGCUUGCUUUCCGGGCUGCAGGUGCGGAAGGCCCUGCCGAGAACGUGGGAGUUCCUGACACCCCUGCUGCUGCUCCUGUGCAAUCCCACCGUGUUGGUCCCAUGGUCACUUGCAUGGAUACUACCGGACAGGGUUUCGCGAUCUGGCUCAACGUCGUGUACCUUCUCCCCUUGACCUACCUCUUCGCUCGUUUCUUUGUCCGGUCUUAUCUGUAUCGCAAGGAGCCGGGCGCUCGCCAGCCCAGCAACAUCCAGGCCGCGGAGAAGGCUGGCUUGGAUGCCUUGAAGGGCGUCAGCCGCGAAAUCCGCAAGGCAGUUGAGGUGAACGGAGAGACCAGCGAGAGCACCGAGGAUGAGGCCCUCAACCGCGUCCAGGCUCUCCGAUCGCACAAUAAGUCUCAGCAGAAGUCGGCUGUCGAGAAUUCGCCCAUUCGCACACGCGCCACCACUGCCAAGCAGAAGGCCCGCGCUGUCUCCAGCGACGCUGACUCCGACCAAGGCUUCUCUACUGUUUCUUCUAAGAAGGGUGCCAAGAAGACCACCAAGGAAGAAUUGCAGACCCCUCCAGUUGUCGAUGCCAAGGACUCCAACCCGUUUGAAGUUCUGGAUCGAUCCGCCUAG